AUGAAGUCGAUGUUAUCGCAAAGUGUAUCGAUUGAAGAAAGUGACGACGAAGUAUUAGACAUGCUAUUGGAUGAAGCGAUACCAACAGACACCGUCUUCCCAAUGUCAGUCACUGAUACCAUUGCUCAACAGGCCGUUUAUCCAGAGGCUCAUCCCGUACCACCACCAAACAAUAAUGAGAAUGAUGGGGAAGCAGUGAUACAUGGCAACAGUAGAUGUGAUCCUGGUAACAAAAUAAUUUUUCCUUUUCCCGAUGAAAAAUUUUUUCUGCUGUAUUGCUACGCACACGGGAUAAUGAGACCCAAGGUAAGGGAUAGAUUGAAUUGCUUGUAUUAAUAUUGACUUCUUUUUUCGCGUUUUCUAAAUCACGCACAAAAUUGCACCAAAAACACUAAUGUCACACAUUAAUUUGAGGUAUGAGUCUCUUUGGCUUUAUGGUAAACGCCCAAUAUAACUAUUAUUAUAAUGUUAUAAAUGGCAAAAAUUACUGCAAUUUAAUUGGUCAAGAUUGAAAUUAUUGGUUAAUUGCCACUCUCCAGAAAAAAAAGGAACAUGGCGGCUCAACUGUAUUAAAUACAACGUAUAAUAUGUACAAUCGCAACGAAAGAAAACCUUUGACCGGGUCAUUUACAUGGGCGUACCGGGGGGGGGGGCGUGCGGCAGCCCCCCCAGUUUGUUGGGCAGUCGGGCAAUAUUCACCCAACAGUCGGGCAAUUUUGGUUUAUUAUAAAAAUAAGUGGGACAAAUUCUGUCAGUUUUGUGGGAAAUUCUGUCAAUUUUGUGGUCAAUUUUGUGAUGUUUGGAAAAUUUGUGAGAUGUUCCGAAAAAUUUUGGGUUAUUUCGGUUAUUUCCGCCCCCCAAAAUUUUUCCUUCCAGUACGCCCAUAGUCAUUUAAGUAGUAUUAAUGAUGUUCGCCUGUACAGGGGCUUAAGUAUUUUUUAUACAGAUACACGUUGUACUGCAUAAAAACAAUUCCAAAUCAUUUAUAUGUUGGGUUUUUCCAUUUUCAGUCGAGAGUCGAUUUGGAAUUCCUGUGGAUGUUACUGGAUCGUCUAGGAGUUUCAACGCCAUCUCUCGAUUCCAUUUUAUCAUUUCAAAUAGAUGGAUUAGAAAACAUGCUACCAGUAAAAAAGGUAUUUAUAGCUAGUGAACAGUGAGAAUUCUAAGCCGUAGACACGGAGGAUUCGCGAAUGUCGUAUUAUGUCGUAUGUAAAUGUCGGGGUUACAUUACAACUACUGUAGUACCCUGCUCACAGGCUCUAUACUCUGGCUGACAACGGCCUGUGAGCAGGCUACAACUGUGGUAAUAGCAUAGUUGCCCGGGUUUCUUUUGUUUCAACAGGGACGUUUAAUCACGUAUCGCCCGCUGUAGCGGGCGAUUAGUUCUAAUCGCCCGCUAGAGCGGGCGAUUAGAACUAAUCGCCCGUUACCAAGGGUCACACCUUUGUCUCCCUGACGACUACGCAUUAGGCAAGUGCCUCACGCACAUAAUCGUGCAAGGAACAGCAACAGUUAGCUCAGAGCCGUCAAUAGUCUAUCAUCCGAUCCCUGAGUUGCCGCAUCAUUUAAAUUACGCACGUGCAGUCUCCAAAUUUAUACUAAUAUAUUUAGCGUGUUUGUUGUGGUACGUUAAAUGAUAGAUUGCGCAUGCGUAACCGAUUAAAGCGUAAAAAGUGCGCAUGUGCAACAAGCUUUUACAUCCCACAAGCAAUGAAGCAAAUGUUUUAGCUUAAAUACGCUGAUUCCAAGUAGGGCAUGUUUGUCCAUUUUUAAAUGGGAGCGAAACUAUGCUAUUACAAACUAAUAGCAUGGCUUUUCGGGAGAUUAGUGAUUAAAUGACCCCUUACCCUCGGCAGGUUUGCGGAAUUCCCUCGGGCUUCGCCCUCGGGAAUUCCGCAAACCUGCCUAGGGUUACGGGGCCAUUUAAUCACUAAUCUCCCUCAAGCCAUGCUAUUACUUAUAAUAACGUCUAGGGCUUCCACAAUUGAAGGAAAUUUCCUUCAAAAAGACCUGUGGGUAGAAUACCCUGUGGCUGUUUCAGGCUAUAACCUGUGGGGGGAGAGGUCAAUAUUAUAAUUGCAUAUACAGUAUUACAAUUUUUCAAAAGUCCUUUGUCUCACUUUUGGCAAAUUCCCUCCCCCAAUAUGAGGGCAGCCCUAUGCAAAUAAGUUUUGAAAGCCCUGGUAACGUCCACUAACAAUAAAACAAUGCCAUGAAAUGAUACAUUAUGCAAUCAGCUUUUAUGUUAUUAAUCAGGCAUAUGGGGAUGGGCAUCCAUUCUACUGGAUUCCACCCUCCAAGCAUAUAAAAAUGCAAUUGGCCACUCCACAUGUUGCUGAACAACUCAUCCGAUACCCCAAACUGACAGAAAACAAAAUCCAAGAGAUGUGUCAAGUAAGUAUUUUUUUUAUGCCUGCUGCCCUGAAUCCUCAAUGCAACCUGUACUAUCUUUACUAUACCGUAGGGCAGAAAAUGGCAUGUUUGCAACCAUUUUCAGACAUCUUCUGCAACCGUCAAUGGCCAAACUGUGUUUGUGGGAGACGUUGUUGGGUUUUAUGGACGAGACAACAGCAAGGCUUAUGGAAAAGUUCAGAAAUUUUUUGCAAAGGUAAACGUACAGUAUAUCACAAAUGCUUGCCUAUUUCAAGAAUACAUUGCACAAAUUAUGGAUACGAAUUUAAAAUUGUAUGUUAUCAAUCUUUCAGGAGGUGAAUAACUGUCUUGAGUUCAUGUGUGAGAUUCUAAAAGUUUAUGUUCAUCACCACAUGGUCACAGAUUAUUUGGUUAUUUCGGAAGACCUCGAUGUGCUUAAAAUCAAUGAAAUUGACGAGAUAUGUGAAACUCCCCUGGCGUACAAGGAUGUCAAUGGUGUUAGAAGUACAGUAUGUACGAUGCUAGGUAAGUCUGAGAUGGUAUUCAUUAAAGUAGCUACUGUAAUCUGAGUUCUGAAUCUUAUUUAAUUUAGGAAAUAAUUUUCCACUCCACUGCACAUCCGGUGAAAACAGCAGCAAAUGGAAGGCAGACAUUGACUCUUCCACUGGUCAUCUUCCUCGACGAAACUAGUGGGAACAGGACAAAGAAAUGGAACAAACUGGAAACAUAUUCCUUUUUUCUUGCAAGUCUGCCUAGAGAAGAAGUUACCAAAUUUAGUAACAUAAACUUUGUUUGUGUUUCAAAUUUGUUAGACUCUGAAACUCUGGGCAAAGUUAUUGCAGAAGAUCUGUUAGGUUUACACUCAUAUGGUAUUGAAGAUAGUUUUAGUCUAUAGUAUACAUAGAAACGUUUUUACCUACUUAAAAUGCUGUGAUAUACAGCCAAGCUAAGUUUGUCUGUUAUGUAAUGUGCAUAUACAUGUUUUCCCCUUACAACUUGAGACCGGAAUGGUAAUGUAUGACUCAUUUACUCAAGCAGACAUUUUUGUCCAGUACCCAAUCCUCUGUGUCUCAUGUGACAAUCCAAAGGCAUCAGAAAUUUGCCAUCAUCUCGGCAGUACAGCACGGCAUUUCUGUUGGGAUUGUGAUUUAAGUUUUGACUCUGCAUUUUGCUAUUUUUAGGAUGUUUUGAAUUCAAUUAAAUAGCACCUGUUGCAAUCACCAUCUAUAUGCUCCAGGAAUCUAAGUUGGCAGUCAAGUCUUAUACUAAUUAUAUUUUAAUUGUGCAGGCAACAUCUGAAAAUGCCUUUCAACUGGGUCAACCAAUGACAGACAUAGUCGUAAAAAGUACUGUGGGACAGAUAAACAAUUGCAGGUACUAGCUAUAGUUCAUUCCAUUAUACAAAUUAAAUGUACAGUACAUCUAUUAAUACUUACUACUUCAAUUCGAAUUUCUGGUUUUCAAUGUCUGGACAAAACCAAUGUAAUAUCACUUUUGUCUAAACACUAAUGGACAAUAUAAUGUUAAUCUGAUGCAACAUGGAAUAAUUUGCAAUGACAAUUUGGCAUUGCUUACAACUAAAAUUAUUUCUGUCAUAUUUGUAGAUCUGAAAGGGCAAAAAUUAUGCUACGAAGAGAUACUGGUGUGUCGGAACGUGGGGGGCAGUUUGAUAUACUGAAGACGUUCGAGGCAUGCAAGUAAGAUUGUUCUUUCAAAAAUUUUAUUAUUGAAUGAUUGAAGUAAAUCAUUGCCAUGCUGCACAUGUAGAUCUACAGUAAAUAUCCUGGUACCCUUUAAAGGCCAUUAAUGGGGUAUUUUGCAGAGAGUUGAUGAAAUUACACUUACCAUGAAAUUGACUGAACUGUGGAAAUUUUUGCAGGCAGACACCAAUUGAGAUUCUCCAUACAACACUGCUUGGCUGUGAAAAAUACCUUUUGGCCAAGACCAUGAAAACCCUUUCACCUGCAAAUAAAAAGAAAGUCUCUGCACACAGUUGGGCACAAGUUGCUGUAUUUGUCCUGGUUGACAUUGUACCGAGUGAUGAAUUGGAAGUGUGGGUUCAUCUGAGCAAUGUAUGACUUUACCUAAGAUGUUAAUCAGUGGCAUUACGACUAGGAUCAGUUAACUUUAUAACAAUGUACUGAUAUUUAAUCUAUGUAAUUUGCAGGUAUUUUCUAUCGCCUAUUGUUCAGAAGUGAACCUAAAUGACCGUGAAAAAGUUAAUGAUGUUGUAUCUCAGUUCAUCAACUCACUGCUUGAUAUCCAUCCGGAAUUUCGCAGAAAACCCAAAAUUCAUAUGCUUCUACAUAUGUUUGACCAUAUGGUAGAGUUUGGUCCAGCAAUUGGGUUUUCCACUGAAAGGUGACUUCAAAUUGCUUCAUCUAUAUUUACAAGGUAACAGGGCAACAUAGAUUAUGUUUUUUUAUUAUUUAUUACCUUUCAAUUUGUUUUACUCUAGAUUUGAAGCUUUCAAUUCAGUGAUACGGCAAAUGAAUAUUUAUUCUAACCGACAAGCUUGCAGCAAAGAUAUUGCCCAGACGUUUGCCAAACACAAACUUCUUCAAUUCAUUUUGAAUGGUGGUUGUUGGGGCAAAGGGUAUAGGUAAUAUAUUAAAGUAGAAUUUACAGAAGUGAACAAAAUUAAUUAAAAAAUAAAAUUGUCACAUAGUCAAAAAUUUUGAGCCUGCACAGUAAAUACAAGAUUGAAUGAACAAUGCUUUGCUGCAUGCAUACCCACAUUGUUCAUAUAAGUUGUCACAAUUAUAUUAUAAACAAUGUUGUUUUCAAGCCUGAACCAGGUGUAACAAUGCUGAAAAAAAUUGUUGAUAAAUAUGGACAACGUGGGCAGCACAAAUUUGUUCAAUCCUGAUUUUAUAAACAAUACAAUUUGACAAUUUUGGCUAACAAACUAAUAUACUUACAGGCAAAGUGCAUCUGAACACUUACAGCAACUCGGCAGGAACAACAAACUGGUGAAGUUCAUGUAUGAAGAUUGUGUUAAAACAAACAGUGAUAGAGAGAUUUACCAACCUGGAUCACCUAGACUGGUAUGAAUUAAUAUUAGAUAGAUUUAAAAUAUUGUGUAGUAUUACCCAUUAAAAAUCAAUUGACUCGACAGGUAAUGAACAUGUAGCAAUAUUACAGUAUACCACCCACACAUACCUACGGUUUACUAUUAUAUUGUUAGGGGAAAUAUGCAAAUGGUCGUCUGCAAACGUUUGAAGUUGGCUCGUUGUUAUUGAAAGCUGCUAUUGAGAGAGACAUGGCUGGCAGUCUAGAGGAAAAAUGCCAUUAUUAUCAGGGCUGCAUCUCCAGUAAUAAAGAGCUGAUAUGA